ACCACAGUCUGGGUGGGGAUAGAGAGUCGAGAGACACGAUAAAUAUAUUGGAGGCUUCGGGUUCUGUUUAAGCAGUGCCUGGGACAUAGGACUUGGGAACUAAAGCCUCCCCAGCUGGGCUGUGGGUCACGAGGAAGACAAGAAGAUCAUGGUGUGUCAGAGAAAGUGGAGAUUGCUCUCUUCAGGCUGGCUUUUCAUUCUGGGUCUAGUUGCUUUGAGAGAGACACGGGCAGUGCACCACAGGCAUGUGGGUCAGUUCACUGCAGUGGGUACCUACUAUUCUCUCUUGGAACUAAGAGGAAUUAGCAUCAUGGAUGAUAUUGAAGUGGGAUCCUAUAACAGUGCAGACCAGCAAAUAACUGUCAAGAUACCCUGGAUAUCCCAAGUAAUAGAAGCUGAUUACACUAAUCAGAUACAUCAUAUUUUGGUGGCUCAUGAGCAAAAUACCCACUGGCUCAUGCAAUUCUUAUCAAACAAUGACACUAACCAUAACAGAAACCACACAGCGCAGCUCCUUGCAGAGUGUGAAAUAGACAAUGACAUCAAGAUAAAGAGUCGCAUCCAUUUAAUUUGGGAAGGAGAAGAAUAUUACAGGAUAGAUGAAGAAGUUGGGCAGUGGGAGAACUUAAAACCUGAAGUCAAAAAAUUGCAAUAUAUUCUGGAUAGUCCUUUCUGGACCAAUCUAAGGAAAAAUUAUAUGAAUGAAUAUUGUGUUAACCUGUUAAGAAAAAUCGUCGGAUACUCAAGCUUAAGGGAUAAUGUACCCCCUGAGGUGACCGUAUCUCGCCAUGUCAACCCAGAAGGCAGAAUCAUUCUCUCCUGCACAGCCACAGGCUUCUACCCACGCUCCAUCCUGCUGCAGUGGAAGAAGAAUGGGGAGCUGGGUGUAUGGGGAAAGGAGACUUCCAGUGGCAUCCUGCCCAAUAUGGACUCCACUUUCUACCUCCGCCUUACCUUAGAGCUCCCACCAGAGGACUCAGGGACAGGUUUUACUUGUGUAGUGGAACACACUGAAUUGAAGACCCCUGCUGUGUAUCCAGUCCCUGAAAAACCCACACUGAAGAAGCCUCCGGUCCUGACAGUGAGCAUAGUGUUGGCUGUGAUCCUAGUGAUGAGCUGUGCUGGUGCCUUCAUAGCAUGGAAGAAAAGGAAGUCAUGUAUGCAAUGAGGGAGAGGGGACAGAAAGCUGUUGGAUGAGGAGCUACCAAGGAAACAAAAAAUCUUUCUGUUACCACCAACUUCAAUAACUAGUUGUUAGAAAAUAUUUUGAGAAGAGAAUCACAGAAUCUUAAAGUCAAAAUGAGACACAGAAACUAUACAGUCUAAGUCAUACCUAUUCAAAAAAUUUCUCAAUAACAUCCUGGGCAAGUCAAUUUUCCAAGCCUCAGUUUGCUCAUCUGUAAAAAAAAGGGACAAAACUAAUACUAACCUUGCAGUAAAAUGAUGCAUAUAAACUGUCAAUAAAACCUUGAAAUAUUAUAUAAA